AUGGCCAUCGAGCGAUCCGAGGGUAAUGAUCUCGUGGACCUCCAAGGAAACAGAUUCCUGGAUGCCUCUGGCUCUUACGGCGUCAACUGCUUCGGUUUUACGCGGUUCAAGGAGUUUAUGCUCAAGGGCCACGAGCUCUCGCAGCAGCUCGGGCCCUGCCUCGGCCCCAUGCACCCCGUAGUGAAGGAGAACAUCGAGAUGCUCCUGAAGAUCUAUCGCAAAGAGGAGGUCUCCUUCCACAUGAGCGGCACCGAGGCGAUCAUGUGCGCCGUGCAGCAGGCCCGCUUCCACACUCAGCGGCAGAUGGUGGCCGUGUUCAAAGGUGCCUACCACGGGUGGUGGGACGGCGUGAUGCAGGGGGCGGGGAACGAGCGCUUCAAUUCGGACUGCCUCAUUCUCGAGGACAAGGUCCCGCAGUCCCUGGAGCUGCUCAGGGUGCGCGCCAGCGAGAUCGCCUGCGUCAUCGUGAACCCCAUCACGGGCUUCGGGUGGGGCGGAGCGGCCACCGCGGGGCUCUCGCAGCCCAAGAUCAGCCCGGGCGAGGAGUCCAUCGACAGGUUCAGGACCUGGCUCGGCCAGCUGAGAGAGACGUGCACCAAGAGCGGCAUCCCCCUCAUCUUCGACGAGACGUGGGCCUUCCAGCUCGGCCCCGGCGGUGCGCAGGAGCUGUACGGGGUAGAGCCGGACCUCGUCGUCCUCGGCAAGUCCAUAGGGGGCGGCCACGCGACUGGCAUCGUGUGCGGGCCCACCCGGCUGAUGGAGCGGAGGGACCCCGCCCGGCCCAUGCGGGUGUCCUUCUGCGUCGGCACGUUCAAGGGGAACCCCGUGGUCAUGGGCGCGAUGAACGCCGUGCUCAAGUGGGUGACCUCCCCGGAGGCCCCGGCCGUUUUCAAUGGCCUGAGGGACCGCGUCGCCAGGUGGGUGCAGAAGAGCAACAAGGCCCUGAGCGACCAGUCGCUGCCCAUCAAGGUGGCGGCCUACCGCAACACGUGGUGCAUACUCUACGAGCAGCCGAGCCCCUACCACUUCCUCUUCCAGUACUACCUGCGCGACGCGGGCGUGCAGAUGGCAUGGGUCGGGACGGGGAAGAUGCUGCUGAACCUCGAGUACUCUGAAGAGGACCUGGAGCGGUUAACCAGCCUCAUACUGAAGGCCGCGAAGGCGUUCCAAGCGGACGGCUGGUGGUAUCAGGGCACCAUGCCCGGCAUCGGUUACUUGGCCAACCUGAUCGUCGGCCCGUCGCUGCGGUUCCACUUCGGCAGCCUCCUGAUGCUGCUGGGGGGGGCGUCACCCGCCGCGGGCGCCGCCGCAGAGAAGCUCACCUGA